UGUGAAUACGCUGCUACUACAGCAAGUAGUCUGAAGAAACAUAUUAAAUGUAAACAUGAAGGAGUGAGAUAUCCCUGCGAUCAGUGUAAAUACGCUGCUACUACAGCAAGUAGUCUGAAGAAACAUAUUGAAAAUAAACAUGAAGGAGCAAGAUACUCCUGUGAUCAGUGUGAAUACUCUGCUACUACAGAAAGUAGGCUGAAGAAACAUAUUGAAAAUAAACAUGAAGGAGUGAGAUAUCCCUGCGAUCAGUGUGAAUACUCUGCUACUAAAGCUAGUUAUCUGAAUAGACAUAUUGAAAUUAAACAUGAGGGAGUCAGAUAUUCCUGUGACCAGUGUGAAUACGCUGCCACUGCAGCAGGUUCUCUGAGGAUACAUAUCGAAUAUAAGCAUGAAGGAGUUAGAUAUCCCUGUGAUCAGUGUGAAUACGCUGCUACUACAGCAGGAGCUUUGAAAAAACAUAUUGAAAAUAAACAUGAAGGAGUGCGAUAUCCCUGUAAGCAAUGUAAAUAUGCUGCCACUACAACAUGGUAUCUUAAGAAACAUAUUGAAAGUAAACAUGAAGAAGUAAGAUAUCCUUGUGACCAGUGUGAAUAUGCUGCCGUUACAGCUGGUCAUCUAAAGAAACAUAUUGAAAAUAAGCAUGAAGGAGUGAGAUAUCCUUGUGACAAAUGUAUGCACGCUGCCACUUCCACAAGUCAUCUGAAACGGCAUAAAAAGAGGAAACAUAAUAAUAAUAAUAAAAGGGGUGUGUUGUUAAUUUGCUCUGCACUGUAA